CAAGGAUUCCCCUUCGCAACUACAGCCGGCCCCUCUCUGAGCAACUUAGUGCACAUGUCCCUUCAGCUGAAAUGGACAGCGCGCUUGCACAGAGCUACGUCAAAGCCAAACACGUGGUGGGCCCGGAGACUGGGCGGGCUUGCCGUGUGCCGGGCCACCAUCAGUCAGGGCGGAGCUGCGUCGGCGGGCGGGCCGGAGGGACCCCUCGGAGAGCAUAAGAAGAGCGGCCACAGCAGCAAGCAAGCAAGCGAGCGAGCAGAAAGAAGGUGGGAGUACCGGGCAGAGGCACACAAUGGCUGUCGAAAGCGCCCGCGAUUACACCGUGGUUUUGUUCCGGUCUUUGGCAUCUGUGGGAUCCUCUCUAGGGUCAGUAACAAGACAGGCCCUGUUUGCUCCCCUUCCACCUGCAGCCCGACCCUUCCGUGUCUGUAACCAUGACAGAAGCAAUCGCAGAGGAGUUGUAGCAAGCACUCUGCAGGAGCUGAUCAGUAAGACUUUAGAUGCCUUGAUGAUUACUGCUGGACUGAUAACCUUGGUUUUGGAGGAAGAUGGCACUGUGGUGGAUACAGAAGACUACUUCCAGUCCCUGGAAGAAAACACUUGUUUCAUGGUUCUAAAGAAAGGACAGAAAUGGAAGCCAGGGCCAAACCAUGGCAUCGCAACCAUGCAGCAGCCAAAGAAAAGGGGGGUAGCAAAUAUCACUCUGGACUUGUACAAGCUGAGUCCCAAGGACUUCAUUGGCUGUCUAAACAUCAAAGCUACCUUCUAUGAAAUCUAUUCUGUGUCCUAUGACAUAAAAUGCAUGGGAGCAAAGACUCUACUGCGGAGGAUACUUAGAUUUCUUUCACACCUUGCACAAAUAACCGGACAACUUCUUCUCUACACUGGAACAAAUGUGCUACAAUUAAUGGGGGAUUGCGAAGAAGAUGACAGAUAAAAAGCACUGAGCACAAGAGCCUUUUGGUACUGGUUAUCCAGUGGAAACACUUCAAGCAUUCUUCUUGAAAUUUUUAAAAUAUAUUUAUAGCUUAAUAUGUUAAAUGAACUCUCCAUUGAUCAGAUGUAGCUAAACUAUUUCCUUGUGUUGAGUUUUAUUAGUAAGAUAGUGACGUGAUAAAUGUAAAUAUGAUCAGAGUCUUAAUGCAGUGAAAGGAAAGUUUAUUGAACAUCUAACUUGUUCUAAGUAGGGAAAUGUUUGUGCCAUAAACUUUCAAACUGAGAGUCCUGUGCAUGGCAAGCAGAUAUUUAUUGAUGUGUAUCUCUGCUGAGAUGACUCAAUAGAGCAGCCUGUGAACAGUCAUGCCGCCGAUUCUGACUUAACACUAAGUUCAACUACCACUUUAAAGUUGCUUUUCUUUUGCUAAUCUGUAAAUAAAAACAAGGUUCUGUAUAAAAA